CCAGUUCUUGUCUCUGAUCAAAAUGGCGACCUUGAGGAAAGCCGUCUUGUUCACUGCAAGACAUUCAAAGCUUUGUAAUUUCGCGUCUUCGAAAAAUUUAUCAACAACUGCUGUUGUAUCAUACUGGAACAAGGACUGGAAACCAGGCCCCAUCCCAAACACGCCAGAGGAGCGAGCAGCAGCUGCCAAGAAAUAUGGUCUGCGACCUGAAGAUUACGAUUUGCUGACCGAGGGUGAAUUAGGAGAUUACCCUAAUCUUCCUCUUGUGGCCAAGAGCUGGAAGAACCCAUGGGAAGACUACGAUAUCCCUGGUGACAAGAGAAAUUUUGGAGAACCGAUCCAUCCAGACAAUGACAUCAUUGGUCAAGAUUUGUGGGAUCCAAAUGCUGAUGGCCGAUUUACAUAUUGGCAGUCCCUGUUUCGUGCUCUGAUGAUCGGAGGGGGAUUCCUAACAGCAUACUUGUUACUCAGGCCCUAUCCAUUCUUUUUGCCAGAGAUGCCGAAGCAAUACCCUUUUAAUGAUUUAUAUUUGGAGCGUGGAGGAGACCCAGAGAAAGAACCCUCCAUCAAGCACUACACAUUCACUCCAAAGUGCUGAGAAUAUUCUGCAGUAGUUAGGCAAGAAGUGUACAAAGGAAUCAUCUUUUCAUUUUAAUGUGAGGCUGACUUUGAAAACUGGAUAUCAAUGUAAUGCUCAAUGAAAUGUAGAGCUCUACUUCAUUUGCAUUAUGCAAGACAGUGAUGUUUACUUAAAAGCUAAGAACUUACUUUCCAUUUGAUUGUUUUUUUACAGUCUAUAGGAGAAGGAGCGUAUGAUUUGAGAUGUGGCUUUGAUUUUAGAUAUCUCCAGGGAGAAAUUUCCUGUCACUUAAUCAGUGAUAUGACUGUAUCAAUUCAUGCAACAAAAGCAGUUCAUAUCUUGUAGCCACAUUUUAGGUGCCUGUGUGAACUGACAUUUUUGCAAGUAAGAGGUCUUCACUUACAUUAGAUUGAAGGGUUGUUUUUUUGUGGGUUUUUAAAACAUAUAUAUAAGUAUUUAAAAUUAUUCAUUUCUUCCUGACUAGACCAUGCUGUAUCUGUCUAUGAGCUUUGAAUGGUAGAGGCAAAUCUGAAGAAAAAGACUGAAAAGUGGUAGGAUUUUGCCUAUUUGUUGUACAUUGUGAUCAUGCAUUGAUUAAAGUAACUAAUAUUUGAA